CCCUUCCCUACUUGGCAUUUGGAAGGAAGAGAUCCAUCGUAGAGAGAAGCGGAAAGAAUCUAUUGGAAUUUCCCUCUCGAAUCGAUCCCUUCUGCCUCUCCUGUAGCCCUUGCUCUCAAGUUUCAACUAGACCUACAGAGAUGCCUCAAGGAAAGCUUGAAGUUCUUCUCGUCGGAGCGAAAGGCCUGGAGAACACCGAGUUUCUAUCUAACAUGGAUCCAUAUGUUGUUCUCGUUUGCCGUACUCAGGAGCAGAAGAGCAGUGUCGCAUCAGGUAAAGGAACUGAACCUGAUUGGAACGAGAGCUUUGUGUUUACCGUAUCUGAUGGUGUCUCAGAACUGAACCUUAAAAUAAUGGACAGUGAUUGUGGUACUGAGGAUGAUUUCGUAGGAGAAGCAACUAUUCCUUUGGAGCCAGUGUUCAUGGAAGGAAGCCUACCGCCAACUCCAUACAAUGUGGUCAAGGACCAGGAAUACCGUGGAGAGAUAAGGAUUGGUCUGACGUUCACUCCAGAGGGUGACCAGAGUUCCACAGAGCAGGAGGAGAGCUAUGGUGGAUGGAAAGAUUCUUCUAACUAGAAAACAUCCAGGUGGAUUUUGGUUUUCACGGGCAGUUUCUACGUCAACUAUGAUAUUAUGUAAUGGAGGAAUAUAUAUCAACGAUAAUGUUAUUUUUAUUUUAUUUUAUAUUUCUUUUUGGGAUUCAA